AGUCGGCAACAGACAAGAGACCCAGUUCAUUGUAUCUUUAAUGGGAGAUAAUAUUGGAGCAACUGCUGAUGAUGGAGGUAUCAAGGAGCAAGACCGGCUGUUGCCAAUAGCAAACGUGGGGAGAAUCAUGAAGCAGAUUUUGCCACCAAACGCGAAAAUCUCAAGGGAAGCUAAAGAAACGAUGCAAGAAUGUGUUUCAGAGUUCAUAAGUUUCAUCACCAGUGAAGCUUCGGAGAAGUGCAAAAAGGAAAGGAGGAAGACAGUGAAUGGAGAUGAUAUUUGCUGGGCUAUGGGAACGCUAGGGUUUGAUGACUAUGCAGGGCCAUUGAAAAGGUAUUUGUAUAGGUAUAGGGAAAUAGAAGGAGAUAGAGCAAAUAAUCAGCAGGAGAAGGGCUCUCAGAGUAAUAUCAAUACUGAAGAUCAAAAGGAAGAACCACCUUCAUAUGGAAGUGAUCAUCAUCACCAACUAAAUCAUCAGCCUAGGAGUUUUAGUUCUAACUCAAGGCCAUAUUAAUUACUCAAAGUCUCUGAGUAGGUUUUAGGCCAAGCGAUUUCUAGUUUUGUUUAUGAUUAUACCCAUGAAUGGA